UAAUGACAACCAACUAAUUUUAAAAAAUCUUACUGAUUUAUUUUUCUUCAGAAAUUAAAUUAAUUCUAUAAAUAUAUUACAGCAAAUCAAAGAGUAAUUCAGUUGACAUAUGACGUCAAUCCUUUCCGACUUUUAGACCAAUCAUGGCGCACCGGCAUUGGUCACGUGGACAAACUCGUCCAAUAGAAAUGAGAAUCCAUUCUUUGUGUACUUUUUCACGUAGUAGUAAAACGGAUUGUGGUUUAUAUGGAGUGAGUGGUGUUUUAUCUGUCAAUCUUAUGUCGAUAAAAACGUAAAUGUGUGAAAUUCUGGAUUAUUCUAUUGAGCAUAAGGAUAUUUAUUUAAGUAAAUAUUCGGGCUGCCAAGACAUGGAUUUGUAUAUCACCGACUCGCUCCAGGACAUGUUGGACAUGGACAUCAAAAAUGAAAUAGCUACUGAUCUCAGUAGCAUCAAUGAUUUUCCAGAUUCGUUAGGUUUAAACUUUUCCGAGUUGCCACCGUUAUUGGACAUGGACACUGAUAACUCAGCGACAUGGAUCAACAAUUCUUCUAGUUUUGUACACAACUUAGAUUUGUACGGUUCGGAAGCCAAUGCCGUCAUGGUCAAUCCGAACUCGGUGAUGCCAUCGACUUUUGCUGAAACCCCAGUGAAAAGCAUUGUGAAAGAGGAAGCGUCGAAUUUAUUGCUCACAUCAGCUAACAACAAUCUGAAUAACAUCACGUCGUUACCAAGCCCAAAAGAAGAAAAGAGUCACUUAACUUUCUCUCCAAGUACAAUAAAGGUAGAGAAGAUUGAACCUGAAGACACACCACCGACAGCAGCGCCUGAAGAGGAAUUAGAAGAGGCUACCCAAAUGGUUAUCUAUCUCCGAAAGCACGGCAAAACCGUGGUUAAAGAUUUAUCGAAAGACUUGGACUUAAAGAUUAAAGCUAUCAACACGCCACAGAAUCCCCCCACUCCUACGGUUAGGAUAAAAACAUCACAACCAGAAAUAAUCAAAGUCAAUAGUAAAAAUUGUUCAAUUUUAAAUACCAACCAAAAACUCUCGCAACAAUUAGGAACUAAGACAAUUAUUUCUGGAAAUAUACACAUAUUGGACGCACAACAAUCUAGGACAAUUUUAGCGAAUGGCAACAAAAACCAGGCGACAAUAUUAAUUGAUAAUUCGUCAUUAAAUAAUGGUAGACAAAUAAUUAAAACUGCAAUGAGUGGGGCGUUUACUAUGGAUAAUAGCCAAGGGAAAUAUGUAAAUACUAAUAGCAAAAACACCGUGGGAGAGUUUCCCAAGCCCGCGUAUUCCUAUUCAUGUCUAAUAGCGAUGGCGCUGAAGAACUCGCGAACAGGAAGUCUACCAGUUUCAGAAAUUUACAACUUUAUGUGUCAACAUUUCCCGUACUUCAAAACCGCGCCAAACGGAUGGAAGAAUUCGGUUCGACACAAUCUUAGUCUUAACAAAUGUUUUGAAAAAAUUGAGAAACCCUCCACAAAUGGCAGUCAAAGAAAAGGAUGUUUAUGGGCUAUGAAUCCUUCGAAAGUGGGCAAAAUGGAUGAAGAAGUGCAAAAAUGGUCGCGGAAGGAUCCUCAAGCUAUUAAGAAAGCAAUGGUGUGUCCAGAAAGUCUAGAAGCACUAGAACGUGGAGAGAUGAAGUACAGCGGGGCGGGCGGUGACAUUGACGUCGAUGACGACGCGGAUGUAGACGCUGACACAGAGAUGGACGCCGACGUCGAGAUCGACCCCGAGGUCAAGGAGGAAGUUGAAGAUGAAGAGGCUAUAGUUGAACAGGAACUGGAAGUAGAAGAAAUAGUGGAGGGUACAGGCAUGGUGGGCGGCACGUAUCGGUUGCUGGCGACAGGUCCGUCGUCUCUCACGUCCUAUAUCACCGACGUCGAGUCCAGCGAAGAAGUCAGCGAUAUUGAGGUAUUGGAUCAUUCCUAUGAAGAAAUUGACAUUGAAGUGGCUAAACCUAUGAAGUUAGACCUCUCACUCACAGAAAACUAUACAAUACAUCCAGCAAAACGAGCAAAAACCAACUUCAUCUACCAGCCCGUAACGACGCAGUCACACACCAGCAGACGGAAGACGCCACUCGUCAACCGAGUUGCAUUAAUUUAAUACCUAAUAACACUAUUCAUUCAAAUUGUGAUCAUAUGACAUGGGGUCAAAUUAGUAUAGUUUCCAGUGAAUGUUCCAUUACGUUAAAAAAAUAAUUAGGUUUUAUGUAGUGAAUUGUGUAAAAGUGCUGAGUGAUUUUCUACUGAUAAAAAAAUGCAACCGUGAUAGUCUGUACCAGAUAAGUGUAUUUACAUGUUUUUACGAAUGGGACACUUGUUACAUAUCUUUACACCGAAAUAGGUUUUUAUUUGUUAACUAGUUCCUGAAUGUCCAGGAGUGCAUCUCAAAAUGAUGACUUAUGUAAUUUAGUUAGUUUUUUACCCUAUAGCAUAGUUAAGUAGUAUGUUCGAAUAGUAAUGCAAUUUUCAGCAGUUGAUUUUCAACUGUAUUGCCAGUACAAAUAAUUUUGCUGCUGUGUUGACACAUUUCCACAAUCUACUGCCAGAAAAAGGAAUACAUAUUUCUGACGAGACAUUUAUUAUUUUGUAAUAUAGAUAGGAAAUGUCUUAAUGCAGUGGCAAAAACCAUAGCGGGUAUAAUGUAAUGUUCCCACCGCUGGUUUAUAUAUAAUAUCUACUUUAAUAAUUCACUAAUUUUCUAACAACUAGACUACUUCGUUGACGCUGGCAGCUCUUCUUAUACUUCGAUGAAACUUAAAGGGAAAUUGAAAUAUUUCAUGAGGGGCCGGCCCACCGUCUCAAAAACAACUAAUUUGUCGUUUGUCAUGUAGCGGCGAUAUUUUUAGCAGAUUGUUAUAUCUGCACGUAAUAAAACUAAUUUUCAAGUAAUCUUGAUUGCGAAAUAAAUUACUUUGAAAUAUUUCUCAAUUGACGAUACUUGAUGUUAUGUAUUGUAUAAAUAUAUCUCAUUGGGUAUUUGUUUUUUGAUGUGGUGUGGUAAGUAGGUUGCGUAUUGAAUGACAAAUAUUUGGUAGUGGUUGUGAUAAUAGAUCUCUGUGUACCCAUUGGGGAGUAAAGCAUAGUCAGGUAAUAGACAUUGGCUAGAUGGAAAAAGUAUGUAUUGGAGUUGUAUGUGCGAGUAAAAUCGUGGUAAUGAACGAAUUAUAUCGUAGACUCUACGUAGAGCAACAUUAUUCUAAAAUUAAGCUUUUAACAAGCUUUCAAACUAUUCUUGCUCUACAUAUAACUUAGACCUUUAAAAUUAGAAAAGAGUAUGUCUAGGUAUGAAAAUUUUAUGUAUAGAAGUGUAUUUUGUACUUGUGCAAGGUUUAUAAUCUACCCGCUAUAUUCUCAGAAUAUUAAUUGCUUCUUAAAGAAUUCCAUUGUACAUUAUGUUCUUGGUUUUUAAAACUAGAUUAGAUGAAACUGUGAUAUAAUAUUUGAUACUAAUCGAAGUAUUAUCUAUCACACUUCUUCAGGUCUUAACUAUUGGCUCAGAUUGGAGUUGAGUACAUUGAUAAACAUCUUGUGGUUGUUCUUUUACGUUCGAUUCGAAUGAUUGUAAUGCAAUCUAUAGCCUUGACAUGUUAGUUCAGAAAGGGAAAAAAUACAGCUACAUUCUGUACUAAUUUGUCAAUCUAUAGGUAAAGCGAGGGAUAGUUUUAGGAAUGUUUCGUUCCAUCUAUGUAUGGAUCUAUAACUAUUAUAGUGCUACGAGGAGUGCAAAUAGUGGAUAAUUAUGGCAUGUUGAAGUAAACUGUCAGUGUAUUCAAAGAACCAAAAGAUGCAGGAUAGUUGAAAUAGCCUAACACAUUGACUUAAUCAUAAAGUGUGAUUAUAGAAAACAAAAGGCAACUAAAUUAGGUGCUUUUUGUAUACUGUAUUUGAGUAACCGCGUGCAAUUGUGUAAAUAUUCAAUUUAUUAUAGGGGAAAUUUGGAAAUUAUCGCUUUUGUAUUAAAAUGCGUGUGUAUGUUAUGUACCUAACUCUAUGUUUAGAUAAAUGAUCGUGUUUAACAGUUUAUGAAUUUGUAUAGACGCUGUAUCAAUUAUGGUAAUGAUAAUAGAGGUUCAAUAAAUUUCUACACUGAGACAAUUUUUAUAUUGCAUAAAAAACAAAAUUGACUAUAUAAAACCCAAAAGUUCGUCUAAAAAUUUAGUAGUGAAAACGCUCAUGAAACUAUGAUAAUCAUUUAAUUCGCGUAAACUUCUCUAGAGAGUUUCGAGUCAAGAUGAAGCUCUACUAGACAAGUUUGCCAUGGAUUCUUCCUGAUAAAAUAUUCACAAUAUAUUACAAUCGCCAUAGCCGUAGCUGUAAUUUUGUACAAUAAAAUAGUUACGUAUUUUUCCACUGCCAGUAUUUCAACAUCCAUGUAAAGUAAGCGUAUAGGAAGUAAGAGUAGUUAUAGAUUAGUUUGAUAGUGCUGUAUUAAGAACUAAGUUGAAUGAUUUUUAAUAACAUUUUUGUAAUAAAAAUUAAAUGAAUAAUAUCA